CCCCGUGUGUCCCACCCCCCGAAUCUCGUCCCUGGGGCUACCUUUCCCUGAGGUCGGCUCCCCUGGGGCCUGUGAAGGACUCGCCAGACCCCACCUGACGCAGUUGCUUCCUGCUUGUUAACUCCCUUAGAGAGCACCUGCGCAGGACCCCAAUGCAGACACCGAGUGGAAUGACAUCUUACGCAAAAAGGGCAUCUUGCCCUCAAAGGAAAGUCUGAAAGAGUUGGAGAAGGAGGCGGAAGAGGAGGAGCAGCGGGUCCUUCAGCAGUCCAUUGGAAGGGUAUGCUGAGGAAGACACCAUUGGUGAAAACGUAUGAAGAUAUGACUUUGGAAGAACUGGAGGAUAAUGAAGAUGAAUUUAAUGAGGAAGAUGAACGUGUUAUUGAAAUGUACAGGCAGCAAAGACUGGCUGAGUGGAAAGCAACCCAACUGAAGAAUAAAUUUGGAGAAGUUUUGGAGAUCUCUGGAAAGGACUAUGUUCAGGAAGUUACCAAAGCGGGUGAAGGCUUGUGGGUAAUCUUGCACCUUUACAAACAAGGGAUUCCCCUCUGUGCCCUGAUAAAUCAGCACCUCAGUGGACUUGCUAGGAAGUUUCCUGACGUCAAAUUUAUCAAAGCCAUUUCAACAACCUGCAUACCUAAUUAUCCUGAUAGGAAUCUGCCCACAGUAUUUGUUUACCUUGAAGGUGAUAUCAAGGCUCAGUUUAUUGGACCUCUGGUGUUUGGUGGCAUGAACCUGACCAUGGAUGAGUUGGAGUGGAAAUUGUCAGAGUCUGGAGCGAUCAAGACAAACCUGGAGGAAAACCCCAAGAAGCCCAUUGAAGACGUGCUGCUUUCCUCGGUGCGGCGCUCCGUCCCCGCCAGGAAGGGCAGUGAUUCGGAGGAUGACUGAGGCUGCCGCCCGGGUAACCUGCUGAACUUUCUUGAUGGGAUAAAUCCUCUGAAUUUUUUUAAGAAGGAAAAAGUAGGAAUAUAUUUGGGGUUUUAGCCUUUUAAUUAUGUUUUAAGUUUUAAAUCUCAUAGAUCUCAGAAAUAAUCAUUGCUGGGAAUCCUAUUAAAUGUCUUUGAACUCUCUUUUUAAAUUAAUAACAUUUUCUUAAAAAAAUAAAAGCCAGCCAUUGGUAUGGCAAAUGUCCGUGUUUUCCUCACUUAUAUUUUAAGUAAGCCGUAAAAUUAUUGACUCUUUAUUCACAUAAAAAUAUAAAAAAA